AUGGAAGAAAUUCAAAAAUUAAAAGUAAAAGAUUUCAACUUACUUUGCGUCAAAGUUUAUGCUGUCAAACAACCAAGUUUGCGAAUGCCUCAUAAAUGUGACAAUUGUGAGCAAAUUUACAAUAACAAAGAGGGAAUUGAUUGUCUUUUCUGUGGAGAGAAUAAACACAUCAAAUGUUAUAUCUCUUAUCCUCAUGGCAAAGCGAAACAUUUUUUCAUGCCUGAUAUGGUUGUAAUGGCAGUGACAAAUAAUAAUCUAUUUUUUGUUUGCGAAUCAUGCAGAGAAGCUAAAGUUGAAUCUAAACCAAAUAUGGAAACUAUCAAGGAUGAAAUAAAUCAAAAAUUAAAUGAGUUGUUAACAAAAAUUGAGAAGAUCGAAAACAAAAUUGAAGAUAAAGAAUUUAAAACAAAAGGAGAGAAUAAUUCUACAACACAGAUGUCAUACGCCAAGGUCGUUAAGAUAAAUGUCAAGAAUGGAAGAAACAGCAAAAAUAGCAAUACUUUAGAAAAAGUGAGAAAUUCAAUCGAUCCACGUGAAUUCCAAGCGAGCGAUAUGAGAUCAACAUCAACCGGUGGAGUUACAUUCAAGUGCAAAUUAGAUGAUGAAAAUAAAAUUGAAACUGAAAUCAAAAAAAAAUUAGGAAGCAAUUUUAAUGUCGAAAUAAAUGAGACAAAAAAACCAACAUUGAAAAUAUUCGGAUUGUAUGAUGAUAAAAAUCUCAGUUAUCAAAAAUUGGAGGAGUUGAUACGCGCACAAAAUCUGUCACUAAUUUCUGAUAAAAAUUCCAUUAGUCAAAUGAAAUUAAAUAUCAUAUUGUAA